UCAUUGCAGAAGAUAGUCAUCAAAGCCGACCUCGUUGGCCAAAAAUGCAAGAGCGAGAUCCUGGCAGCUGUUUCCAAGCUCCAAGGGAUCAAGUCCUUGGACAUCGACGCCGAGAAGUGCACGCUGACGGUGGUGGGCACCGUGGACCCGGUGUGCGUCGUGCUGAGGCUCAAGAAGAAGUGCUUCGCGGCGUCCAUCGUCAGCGUGGAGGACGACAAGCCCAAGGACAAGGACCCCUGCAAGGAGGCGUGCGAGAAGCUCUGCAAGGCCAAGUGCGAGAAGAUCACCUGCUGCAAGGAGUGCAAGGACAAGUGCGAGAAGGAGUGCAAGGACAAGUGCGAGAAGGCCUGCGAGGCGUGGCUCGGCAAGGGCUGCUGCUCCUGCGGCCGCUGCAGGCCGAGGAGCCCCGGCAUCUACUGCAACCCCGCGCCCAGCUACCCCUACCACUACGGGUGCCCCAGCAGCUAUCCCUACUACGCCUGCUACGAGGAGAGGUCGCCUGAUGGAGCGUGCACCAUCCAGUAGGUUUCUGCGAGUUCUGAAUACCCGUUCACCAGAAAUUUGGUCCCCAGGAGUUGUGGCUUGCUAUGGCACGUUUGUGGAUUUUUCUCUGUACUUUUCUAGUUUGAUUCCUUGCUAUGGCACGUUUGUGGAUUUUGCUCUGUACUUUUCUAGUUUGAUUCUUUCUCACUGAAGGUAAAGUACGGCAGUAUGCUGCAUUCCUGUUGUCUACCUGUAAAAUGAGUGUUCUUCUCUUUUCUUC